AUGAGUAAAGAGCUCCAUGAAUUACGUAACCAAGGACGCGGUGAGGAUGCAACGAGUGCGACCGACUCCUCGGCCGAGACUGGCUCUCCGUCGAUGCAGGAUGAAGGCGCUGAUGACUUUCGAUUAUCGUCCUUCACUCUGGACUUGAAGGGUAUGCUUAUUGAUUCUUCUGUCGCAACGGAGGCAUUUAUAGUAUUCGCAGAAUAUAUGCGUCCCCGACUCCCAGUCGUCGGAGCUCUGUACGCCCAAGAAGCUUAUGAAAACCAGCCUUUUCUCUUCUGGACAAUUGUGACGAUUGUUCUAUGUCGCCUGCCUGAGCAACACAACAUAGCCUUAUUCCAGUUACUCCGGAGUCCAUAUGAGAGGCUUAUACAAGAGACUCUGAUCGAUGCCCCGCUGCCUCUGUUCAAAGUACAGGCUUUGCUGCUACUCUGCAAUUGGCCAUUACCCACCGAGAAGCAGUGGAAAGAUCCCAGUUGGCUCUAUUGUGGUGUAGCUAUUCAAGCAGCGAGAUAUUUGAGCCUUGAUCGCCAGCAGACAAUUCCCUCCUUGCGUGUCAUUGGAGUCACAUCGGGGAGUAUCCGAUCAAGAAUUAAUACUUGGCUGGUGUGUUUCAAGGUGUCUACCUCACUGAGCCUCCACCUAGGCCUCCCCUGCCCAAUCGAGUCCGAACUUGACUUCUCCUCUAUCCACGCGUUUCUGAGAAAAGAUACUGUCCCCCCUGCAUAUGCCCUCGAAGUUCGGAUCCAACUCGUCGUGGCGAAAUUCACCUCAUUACUAAACCAUGAACUAGCAGAUGGUACAAGCUCGUCCUUUCUUCGACUAUUCGACACCGAGCUCGAUGCCCUCAAGAAUGAAAUGCCUCACGACGAAGAAGCAAAGAGCAUUGUCGAGUACGCCAUCCUGGACGCUAAGAUACAUAUCUACACACUCGUCAUUACCAAGUUCUCAAACUACUCAUCUUCUCGACAGAUUCUUUUGAGGACAGCCAGAGAUAUAGCGCUGCGAGUAGUCGACAUUGGCACACGGGCCAUACGUAACAGUCCCACUAGUAUAGAGGACGCCACUGCUGUCCGGCGCGAACGAUGCCAACCGAAAGAUCGCCACAGAUGUCUCGGUUUCUCGACAAUCUUCCUUCUCAAGUUCUUCAUCCGACAGAAUGUGGAUCCGCCGGAAGAGAGGCAGAUCGUCGCUAACCAUGUUUCCAUGACCCAGACGCUCUGCCGAGCCUGUACAAUCGAUGCCAAGGAUGAGUUCAGCAGGAGCUCCAAGGUUUUUGAAGUCCUGGGGCGAGAAGGGUCUGAUGAUGAAGACAAGACCAAGUUGGUCCUGAAUCAUCGCAUGGGGGUUUCAUUGAUGCUGGAUGCUGUUAACACGGCGGGCAAAAUCCGGGGACGGCGUAUGGAGAUGCGUGAUGGCGAGCAACGAUAUGUUGAUGAGGAACCGGGUCAAUCCCAAGAGGCUCAAGGGGAUAUUAUCAACCAGAUGGACGGAAACCAAGAGUUUGCCAAGAGCUUCUGGAGUGAUCCCUAUACGAGUUUACUUCAGUUUGAUCCGGCGUCACUUGGAGCAGACUAUUCUCCAACAUGGUAA